AUGCCCGACUCCCUCGCCACCCUCCUCGCCCGCCUCUCCGGCGGCCUCCUCCCACAAUCCAUCUCCGACCAGGCGUCCAAGAUGUUCGUCAAGCGCCUCCUCAAGCACCUCUUCGACCGCCUCGAGCAGCUGUUCGUCCAGCUCGCCUGGGCCGCCCUGACGGGCUUGUUCCAGGCGUUUUGGCUGCUGGUGCUGCAGAAGGUGGCGGGCGGGGCGAGUGCUGGGUCUGUCGUUGCUUCGGCGUCGUCGUCGUCGUCGUCGUCGGCAUCGUUGAGUGGCAGAGGUGAGGGGGCGGGUGGAGUGCUUGAUGGUGGUGGUGGUGUUGUGGAGGCUGCUGGUGCUGGUGCUGGUGCUGGUGCUUCUGCUGCUGGUAGCGGUCCUCGCGCUCUUCCUCCUUCUCCUCCUCACGCUCUCACUCCUACCCCUGCUGCUUUAUCCCCCGAUUCUGAGAGCUCCGGUUGUGCUGCUCCUGCGGCUGUGUGCCCGAUCACGCCGAUCACGCCGAGGAGUGGUGGCGUGCGCCUCCCGCCGAAUGUAUAUCUGAAGCGCUCUGUGCCGAGUGGUGCUGCGCUACCUGUCCACGGUGUCCGCGACGGCGAGAAGGAGAGAAGCGCUCGAAUGUCCAGAUCGACAAUGAGCCCUAAGAGGCAGAGUGGAAUGUCCCACUUUGGCUUUCGAUGGCGUAAGUCUGGCAAUUGA